UAACGCAUUACGUAGCUACAUAGAAAACAACAUGGAGCAAGGAUUAGGCCAACCGGAUGCUUUAUGGGAAGCAAUAAAGGCUCAAGUAAAUAACGAAGAAGUAGAUCCAAACUUAAACAUUGAUGUAAAAUCAGUAAUGGAUACUUGGACUACACAAGCCGGAUACCCCAUUGUAACAGUCGACGUCAAUGACAACGGUAUAUUGAGUAUUACUCAAAAACGCUUUCUUUUGAGAAAUUUGGAUAAUAUUGCUACGGAUAACAUUUGGUCUGUCCCGCUCACGUUUACUAUAAAAAGUCAAGCAGAUUUUACUAAUCUGAUUCCGAAAUAUUGGCUGUCUAACGAAGAAAGCACCGCUUCUUACAACAUUGACCCGAAUGAAUGGGUUAUAUUUAAUCUUCAAUCAUCAGGCUUUUAUCGUGUAAAUUAUAACAAUCGCGGAUGGAAAAACAUUUUAGAUGCCUUGAAAAAUGAUGAUCUGGAUAAUAUUCAUGUGUUAAAUAGAGCCGCAAUAGUAGACGAUCUGUUGAAUUUGGGUAGAGCAGGGUAUUUAGAUUAUGUUACGGUUUACGAUGGACUGCGUUAUCUCUCGAAGGAAACACAUUACCUGCCUUUUAAAGCAGCUUUUAAUGGUUUGGAAUUUCUAAAUAAGCGAUUUACGGGAUCAUUGGAACGCUCCUUAUUUAAGGCAUACGUCAAGUCUCUUAUCGAAAAUAUACACCUCCAGCUAAAAUAUGAUGAUAACGAAAAUGAUGGCAGAUUAAAGAUUCUGUUACGACGAGAUGUGAAUAAUUGGCUUUGUAAGCUCGACAAUAUAGAAUGUGUAACGACUUACACAGAGAAAUUUAAAGAGUGGAGAACAAAUCCUGCAGCUAAAAUCGAACCGAACGCAAGAUCCACAGCGUACUGUACAGCCAUGAGACACGGAACUUCCGAUGACUGGGAAUAUUUGUGGCAAGAGUACUUUGAUUCUAAUUAUCCGACCGACCAAAUGGUGAUCUUAAACGCUUUGGGAUGCAGUCAAAAUACCACCAUCUUAGAAGAGUAUCUGAAAUAUGCCAUUGCCGGUUAUGAAACUAGCCGCAUUCGAAAACAGGACAGCAAGACCGUCUUUGAAGCCGUUUAUAAUUCUGGCCUGCUUGGCGCCGAAUACAUUCUUGAUUUUGUUGACAAGUAUCACAAAGAUAUGGAGGAGUACUACGGUGAACAAAAUACAAUAGCCACAAUCCUCGAUGGAACGUCGCAGUGUCUCACUACCGCCGAAUCAAUAAACAAAUUCGAGAGGCUCAUAAAUAAUCACAAAGACGACUUUACGUCGAUUCAAAAAUCUCUGGAGCGCUCUUUAAAGAUUGCUCAGUAUGAAUUGGAACGGUUC